UCCCAAAAAGCAAUUCGGUGUCCUUUGCACCCGGAAGCGCAACAUCAUCACCCGGGCUGAAAACCUUUCGUCUGUUUAUAUUUUGGGUAAAUGUUUUUAAUGUAUCUUGUUCAACUGCUCCAGACACAGUCAAUUCACCUCAAAUUGAAAACCGCAAGACGGUUAGGUUCUUAUUGAACGACCCUCAAAGCAACAAAACUGGCCCCUCCGCUGCCUGUUACCAUGCCUGCCCUGCUGGACAGACCCAAGCUGUCCAACGCGAUGGCCAGAGCCCUCCACAAGCACAUCAUGAGGGAGAGGGAGCGCAAGAGACAAGAGGAGGAAGAGGUGGAUAAAAUGAUGGAGCAGAAGAUGAAAGAGGAGGAAGAGAGGAAGAGGACAAAAGAAAUAGAGGAGAGGAUGUCUUUGGAGGAAACCAAAGAACAGGUAAUGAAGAUGGGGGAGAAACUUCAGGGACUCCAAGAAGAGAAACACCAGCUCUUCUUACAGCUCAAGAAAGUACUUCAUGAAGAGGAAAAGAGGCGCAGAAAGGAGCAGAGGUACGAUAUCACAACAUUGACAUCAGCCAGCUACCAGCCCAGCCUGCCCAUGCACUCAGGGCAGCACCUCCUCAGCAUUCAAGGCAGUCCAGUCAGCCACAGUCGACCUGGUGCGCUACUUGGAGAACGUAACAAACAGCUGUUCCCAGCGUCUGUGAUUCCAGCACGUCACUAUCAGACGCCUGGUUUCAGCUCGGGCUCAGCAGAGCACGGACAGUUCAGCGGGAGCCAAGGGGUCCAUGAGCCCUACGGGGUGGCUCAGGCCCAGCAUCCCUCCACCUACGCCCCUGGACCAUCAGUACCUGUCAGUUUCGCAAGCAGCUCUCAGAUCAGAGGUGCGUCUGCGUUUCAGGCCAUGCAGUACCUCCCCCACCAGCAGGCUGGCUACCCCGUCCACGGUCACUUCACCUCCCAGCCUGGAUACAUUCCCGGAGCAGGAAUACCCCUCCAGAAGCAGCUUGAACACGCCAACCAACAGUCUGGCUUUACUGAUGCAAUAUUCUCACAGGGUACUUUGAGGCCUAUGCAUCCACCAGCCAUGCAUCCUUCUGCUCCAGGGCUGCUGCCCACACCAUCGAUGGCGGUUCAGAUUCCCACCGCAAAGGCCCCAUUUCAGAGCUCUCCCCAGGGUGCUCCUCGCCACGGCUUCCUCCCCCACAGCCAGAGCGGGCAGAGGUUCUACCACCAUGGCAAGUAACUCGUAGCCACCUUCAUCGUCACUGAGACUUCACAGCUUCGCUCAAGAUUCUGGAAAACCUUUUGGACGAGUAAUGGAUCGACUUCCUCAAAAAA